AUGCCGGUGUUGGAAACAGCAAAUCAUUGGGCCUCCCAUCCUUCCGACUCGGAGAAGGAUCCGAGCAAACCAGAAGAGAAGAUGAGAGCCGCCUGCGCCGAAGGAAACGGGAUUGCUGAGAAGGAAACAAAUGCGGUAAAUGCCAUUCGAUUGGCUACAUUUGCAGUCCUUGUGCUGGUUGCCCUCACAGUCUCUCUUUUGGUAUACUUUCAUACUAAAGAUACUGAAGAAGGUGAAUUUGCGGCUCAAUUUAUUUCGCAUGGGGGGAAAGUCGUCGAUUCAUUCCGCGCGAAUGCUGAGAGUCGGCUCGCUGCAUUGAGUAGUUUUUCUGCGUCUGUCACGUCCUAUGCGUUGCACUCGAACCAAAGCUUUCCAUUCGUCACCCUACCAGAUUUCGAGCGCAGAGCAGCCUUUACGUUGCAGCUGGCGCAGGUGCUUUCAAUAGCCGUAAACGCAAUUGUUAGCCAGGACAAUCGUGCCGAAUGGGAAGCGUACUCAGUCCUAAACCAAGGAUGGCUCGCUGAAGGUCUUUCACUCCAACAAGCGGUCGUGGACGAGGAUGAAAACGAAUCAGUUCAGCAAUUUCAAAAUCAAACAUCUUCGGGUGUUCUUGGCGAAGAUGUUACAAGCAGCCUAGACAUUGUCCCGUUCAUUUUCAGCCUAGAAGAAGGCGGAACUACAUCAGCGUACGAGACAGGUCCUGGUCCGUUCGUUCCAAUUUGGCAGAUAGCCCCAGCGAUUCCUCUUCCGUCGCUUAUCAAUUUCAAUGGGCUCACUCAUCCAACUACACAAGCAGAGUUGCGCACGGUUCUUGCGACAGGACAGAGACUUGUCGGUCCUGCCGCAGACUAUUCUGACGACUUGGACCCAAGCAUAGCGGGAAGGAAAGCGCUACUCAAUCUUUUCUUAAAUCGCUGGAAGAGUGGGGGGAAUGACUAUGAGGAGGGACCGGUCAGCGAAAUUUAUGUUCCAAUCCAGGAUAGAUUUGGCCCAAAUAGCACGAUGGCUGGUGUUUUCUCCUCAACCAUAUAUUGGCAGGUCUACUUUACGGAUAUUUUACCAGAAACAGCGCAAGGUGUUAUCUGUGUGCUGGAAAACACCUGCUCCCAGAGCUUCACUUACGUGAUCAAUGGAGCUCAAGCGAGUUACCUUGGUCAGGGCGAUCUACAUGACCCGUCUUACGAUGAAUACAUGAUUGAAACCGGAUUUGGCGCAUUUAUUGGACGCGACAACGUAGCAGCAAGUCGAGAUGGAAAUUGUUACUACAAUGUUCGUGCGUACCCAUCGAAAGAAAUGGAGGAAUUAUAUAUCACGAGGGAGCCUUUAUACUUCACUCUUACUCUGGUUGCCGUUUUUGUGUUUACUUCUCUGGUAUUUGUCGCGUACGAUUGUCUGGUACAACGCCGUCACACUGUUGUCAACAAAUCCGCUCUACAAUCAAAUGCGGUUGUCUCCUCUCUCUUUCCUGAAGAAGUUCGCAGCCGGUUACCCAGUCUGUACGCCUCGAAAACUGAACGGGACGCCGCAACCAAAUCUAUGCAGCAUGAGAAGGAUGAUAACGAUGACAGUUUUGACGACUACUACGACGAUUCUCUUCCAAUUGCUGAUCUUUAUCCGAACUGCACUGUGCUCUUUGCAGAUAUUGCAGGGUUUACUGCAUGGAGCUCCAACCGAUCCCCGACCGAGGUGUUCAAGCUACUAGAGACAAUGUACGGCCUUUUCGACAAGAUUGCGCACAAGUAUUCCGUCUUCAAGAUCGAGACUAUUGGAGACUGUUAUGUUGCAGUGACGGGCCUUCCCAAGCCUCAAGAAAUGCAUGCAAUCAUCAUGUGUCGUUUCGCCAACGCCUGUAUCGUACGUAUGAGCCAGAUGAUGCACGUUUUAGUGGAAAAAUUGGGCCCGGAUACUGCAAAUCUCUCUAUGCGUGUUGGAUUGCACAGUGGCCCAGUGACGGCUGGAGUGCUGCGCGGUGAAAAGGCCCGCUUUCAGCUUUUUGGGGACACCGUCAACACAGCAGCUCGUAUGGAAAGUACGGGGCAAAAGGGACGAAUCCACGUUUCCGAAUCCACAGCUACAUUGCUGAUCAACGCGGGGAAACAGGCGUGGAUUAACGCACGCGACGAGCUUGUACAGGCCAAGGGGAAGGGUGAGAUGCAAACGUACUGGGUCAAGCCUCCGGAUGUUGGUACUAAAUCUACCACAACCACUUCUUCGGGCCCCAGCGGCCGGGACCUGUCUCUCUCGCAGGCUCUGCUUGAGGCGCAUAGUUUGAAGAUGGACCAGAAGCUUUCCGAAAGCAAAGCGAGCGCGCAAAAGUACGAAGACUUACUUGAUAGCUUUCGUGAGAUUGAGGUGUCCGAAAAGAAGAAUGAGGUGGAGUCUUCUCCUGAGCCAAGAAAAAAAGAACACCGUUUCGUCUAA